CCACCGCUGCACAUGAUCUCUCCGCCCUACCACGGCGGAUCUCCGCUUCUAUUUCUCCACAAAUUAUGCAGAAACAGUUUUAGAGAAGGAUUUUUUUCUAUUUUUUCCCUCUAAAAAAAGAAAUGCCGUCCUCUUAUGCGUGCCAUUGAAUUUACUCUCACUGGUUUUCUUCUUCCUUACUUGUGCUUCUCCCGUAAUACAGAGAUACGUAUGAGUGGGCAUAACCUGCAAAUUCCUUGGUUUGAUUCCCAUGGCUUCUCCUUCGAUUUCCUUCCAUCACUCAAACCUCUCAUUCUCAUCGCCGUCUGUUCUGUUUCCUCCGCUGGCGUUUCCAUCUAGAAGCUCGUCUUCCCUUUUAUUCGUCAACCGUAAUAGUGGUAUUCAUCGAAUCUCACUUAAACUCGGCUCCUCUAGCCAUCCACCGUCCGCGGUUUCGUCAGCAUCCACCGCUACAUCUGUGACUGUCGAGAAUGCCUCUUCUGAAAACGUUGAUGAUUCAACAGCUUUUGUGAUCCGCGCUCGCAACCGCAUCGGUCUCCUUCAGGUCAUCACCCGUGUCUUCCAUGUUCUCGGCCUCCGAGUCGAUAAGGCCACGGUGGAGGUGAAGGCCGAGGGCGAUUCCUUUACCAAAACGUUCUUCGUCACCGAUUCUCACGGCAACAAGAUAGAGGAUGAGGAGAGCUUGAAGAGGAUCCAGAGGGCGUUGAUUGAUGCUAUUGACGGUGAGGAUUGGCCUGCAGACUCCACGGGCCCAGUGGCUAGGGGCAUUUUGGUGAGAAGGCCUGGCGUGGGGAUAGAGAGUGCGGAGAAGAGAACGAAAGCGGAGAGGAUGUUUGGAUUGUUGGAUGGUUUCUUGAAGAACGAUUCUAUCAGCUUGCAGAAGGACAUUCUACACCAUGUUGCUUACACGGUGGCGCGAUCGCCAUUUAGUUUUGAUGAUUUUGAAGCUUAUCAGGCUCUAGCACAUAGUGUAAGAGAUCGGUUGAUUGAGCGGUGCCAUGAUACUCAAAUCUACUUCAACAAUAAAGACCCAAAGCGGCUAUACUUCCUCUCACUUGAGUAUCUUAUGGGUCGUUCCUUGUCAAAUAGUGUUAUCAACCUGGGUAUCCGAGAUCAGUAUGCAGAUGCUUUAAACCAGCUUGGUUUUGAGUUUGAGGUUGUGGCAGAGCAGGAAGGAGAUGCUGCCCUUGGUAAUGGUGGCCUUGCUCGUCUUUCAGCAUGUCAAAUGGAUUCUCUAGCAACUUUGGACUAUCCUGUAUGGGGUUAUGGAUUACGUUACCAGUAUGGGCUGUUCCGUCAAGUCAUAGUGGAUGGCUUUCAACAUGAGCAACCUGAUUACUGGUUGAAUUUUGGAAACCCUUGGGAGAUAGAGCGGGUUCAUGUAUCAUACACAGUCAAGUUCUAUGGGACUGUUAAAGAGGAACUUAGGAAUGGAGAGAAUUGUAAAGUUUGGGAGCCUGGAGAAAUUGUUGAAGCUGUGGCAUAUGACAAUCCUAUACCUGGUUAUGGGACAAGGAAUACAAUCACUCUCCGCCUUUGGGCUGCUAAACCAAGUGAUCAGCAAGAUAUGGAGUCCUAUAAUACUGGAGAUUACAUUAAUGCUGUUCUCAAUAGACAUGGGUUAGAAAAUAUUAGUAGCAUUUUGUACCCAGACGAUCGUUCUUAUCAGGGAAAAGAGUUGCGGUUGAAGCAGCAAUAUUUCUUUGUCUCUGCAUCAGUACAAGACAUCAUCCGGAGAUUCAAAGAUACUCAUAGUAACUUUGAUGAGUUUCCAGAGAAGGUUGCUCUUCAGUUGAAUGAUACUCACCCCUCUCUUGCAAUUGCUGAGGUUAUGAGACUGCUUGUUGAUGUAGAGCAUUUAGGCUGGGAUAGAGCAUGGGACAUGGUCUGCAAGAUUUUUUCAUUCACAACUCACACGGUAUCACGUGAAGGACUGGAGAAAAUCCCUGUUGAUUUACUGAGCAGUCUUCUCCCACGCCAUUUGCAGAUAAUAUAUGACAUAAACUUCAACUUUAUGGAAGAGUUAAAGAAAAGGAUUGGCUUAGAUUAUGAUCGACUGUCCAGGAUGUCAAUUAUUGAGGAAGGUGCUGUGAAGAGUAUACGAAUGGCAAACCUGGCAAUUGUUUGUUCUCAUACUGUGAAUGGAGUUUCUAGAGUACAUUCAGAACUGUUAAAAACAAGACUAUUUAAGGACUUCUAUGAGCAUUGGCCUCACAAAUUUCAUUACAAGACAAAUGGAGUAACCCAGCGUCGCUGGAUUGUUGUGAGCAAUCCUGGUUUAUCUUCUCUUAUAUCAAAAUGGCUUGGAACAGAAGCUUGGAUCCGCAAUAUUGACCUCUUAACAGUUUUGCAAGAACAUGCAUCUGAUCCUGAUCUGCAUCGAGAAUGGAAGAUGGUUAAGAAGGUCAACAAAAUGAGGCUUGCUGAAUACAUUGAAGCAAUGAGUGGCUUGAAGGUCAGCAUCGAUGCAAUGUUUGAUGUCCAAACAAAGCGGAUACAUGAGUAUAAGCGACAACUGCUCAAUAUCCUUGGAAUUAUCCAUAGAUAUGAUUGUAUCAAGAAUAUGGACAGCAAGGAUAGGAAAAGGGUUGUACCUCGUGUCUGCAUAAUUGGAGGGAAAGCUGCUCCUGGUUAUGAAAUCGCAAAGAAAAUCAUCAAACUUUGUUAUGCAGUUGCAGAAAAAAUAAACGAUGAUAGUGAUAUUGGAGAUCUUUUAAAGUUGGUUUUCAUUCCUGAUUAUAAUGUUUCUGUUGCUGAGCUGGUAAUACCUGGGGCAGACCUUUCACAACAUUUAAGCACUGCAGGACACGAGGCAUCAGGAACUGGCAGCAUGAAAUUCUUAAUGAAUGGAUGUUUACUUUUAGCUACAGAAGACGGGUCUACAAUUGAAAUUAUUGAAGAAAUAGGAGCUGAUAACAUGUUUCUAUUUGGUGCAAAACUGCAUGAAGUCCCUGCAUUGCGGGAGGAAGGACCUUCUCUUAAAGUUCCUCUGCAAUUUUCACGUGUUGUAAGGAUGAUCAGGGAAGGUCAUUUUGGCUAUGAAGACUACUUUAAAUCAUUGUGUGACACCAUAGAGGGUCGUGACCAUUAUCUCCUUGGUGCUGAUUUUGGAAGCUAUUUAGAGGCACAGGCUGCUGCUGAUAAAGUAUUUGUUGAUCAAGAGAAGUGGACCCGAAUGAGCAUCCUUAGUACUGCUGGAUCCGGCAGAUUUAGCAGUGAUAAGACAAUUGAAGAUUAUGCAGAAAAAACAUGGGGAAUUCAACCUUGUAGAUGUCCCCUUUAAUUUCUAAGUCAAUGUAUAAUUUUAUUUAUCUUGGAGGUUUUACUCAUUAUCUCACUCCGGGCAGCAACUAAGCGCUAAGUUCUUUCCUUUUGGUCAGGACUACCAAGGUUGUGUGUUUAUAAUUCAGACACACAUAUCCUAUAUGAUCUUACAUGUAUGUGUAUUAUGAAGUAGAGAAAACUAGUAUUUAU